AUGGCCAAGUCCAAGCUGCCUCGCUCCACCCCAGCGGCGCGCAGCACCGCGCCGCCACCGCCCAAGAUCGCAGCAGCCGCUCAGCAGCAGCAGCAGCCGCCAUCCACCCAGCCCAUCAUGCACAACGCGCCCGUAGCAGGCGCCUCGACGCCGCCGCGAUCCACUUCGCCCGUCUCCCACCACGACAUCGACAACGCCGCGCUCAACUCGGCAAAGAAGAAGAAGAAAAAGUCAAAGUCCAAAGCAAAGGACUCCGACUUUAUCGACGAUCACGACUACGACCUUCAGUCCGCCGCCGCCCUCGGUCAGCCUCCCCGCUCACCCGCCUCCCUCGCCGCUCGGGCACAGGCGCAGGCGCAGCUCUUGGCCGCAGCCAGCGAGCUCUACCGCAGGAUCGAAGGCGAUGCCCAGGGCAUCCCGGACGACGACACCUACUGGACAUCGCUCCCCGCCCAUCUCAGAACCUUCAUCCGCAACGCCCUGCCCCUCGGCCAGUUCCCCCCCGCCGCUCAGGCCGCCCUCAACGACAAUGCCAGCGAUCCGGCAACCCGCCAUGCCUCGACCCAGGCCAUGAUCGCCGUCGCCCAGCAGCUCGCACAGGCUGCCCACGCAUCCCAGCGCCACCUUCAGCAGUAUCCCCCGGGCACCCAUCCCUACCCGCCACUGCCCUUCGACGCAUCCAUCUUUGCCGACCUCGCCCUGCAUCCAGACCAGCCUCUUCCGCUCCACCCUCACCCCAACGCCGCCAACAACGCGCACCCCAACUCCAACGGCUCCUACGCCCAGUACGCCUCGAGCCCCAACCCGCCGCCCACCCAGCCCCCCGUCGAGCCCCUCCCGCCUCCCGUCGUGCUCUACGACAACUUCGACGACGACAUCGACCGCUUCGACGAUGACGGCGACGACGGCGCUCAGUACUACGACGAUGGCGACCUCGACGACGAAGACGACGUGCUCGACGCCCAGGGCGGUCUCCUUCACGCUCGCGAGCGCGUCUGGAUGCACGACGGCGCCGAUCACCUUCGUGGCAACAACGGCAUCGCCAAUCAUCCCGACGCCAUGCGCUCCGCCUCCAAAAACAAAAAGAAGAAGAAGAAGAAGAAGGGCAGCGCAGGCGCCACCCACGGCCACCCCGACGACGACGCCCACGAGAUCGAGGUCGAGGUGCCUCCGCCACCCAAACCCGUGCCCAGCCAUCCUCCGCCCACCACAAACGUCCCCUCGCAGCCCAUGACCUUCAACUCGACGGCCAAGACUCCCGCCAGGCCCGCCAACGGCGUGCCCCCCUCGUCCAACUCGGGCAAGCGCUCCGUCUCGUCCUCCACACACGGUCACCCUCCCGCCGUCAACGCGCCCAGCAACGCAAAGAUCUGGUCAACAAGCUCGGCAGAGGAGCGCGAGCGCAUCAAGGAGUUCUGGCUCGGCCUCUCCAUGAAGGACCGUCAGAAGCUCGUCCAGGUCGAAAAGGAGACCGUCCUCAGAAAGAUGAAGGAGCAGCAAAAGUUCCUCUGCAGCUGCGCCGUCUGCGGUCGCAAGCGCUCCGCCAUCGAGGAGGAACUCGAGGUCCUCUACGACGCCUACUACGACGAGCUCGAGGAAUACGCAAACCACCAGCAGCGCUGGGCAAGCAGCGGCGGCACCAUCCCUCCGCCGCCGGGGCCUGGUCCAUUCCCUGGUAGCGUCGCGCUCGACGCAUCGGGGGCCGUCAUCGGCGGCGAUCCGCUCUCGCGCACACGCGCAGCCCACGGCGGCCGCGAUGCUCGCCAUACGCAUGCGCACGCGCACGCGCAUCCGCACCCGCACGGACGCAAGGCGCCGCUCCAUCCCGAGUCGUCCGACGGCUACGACGACGACGAAUUGGACGAUGACGCCGAGUACGACGAUGACGACGACGAUGCCACCUACGACGACGAAGAGGAAGACGACGACAUCGAGCUCGAGAAGGAGCGUGCGCGCGACGAGUAUGCCAAGCGCAACGCCGUCGCCUCGACGCGUCGACGCGCCACCAACGACGCCAGCGACGUCUUUGGCCUCGGCAGCAGCCUCACCGUCAAGGGCGGCAUACUCACCGUCGCCGACGACAUGCUCAAGAACGACGGCCGCAAGUUCCUCGAAAUGAUGGAACAGCUCGCCGAGCGUAGGAUGCAUCGCGAGGAGCUCACCAACGCCGAGCUCGCCCCCAGCGACGACGAGGACGACGUCGACGGCCCGGACGACGUCGACGACGAAGACAUUGACGACGACGAGGACGACGAGGAAGACGACAUCCUCACCGAGGAACAGCGCAUGGAGGAGGGUCGCAAGAUGUUCCAGAUCUUCGCCGCUCGCAUGUUUGAGCAGCGCGUGCUCGCCGCCUACCGCGAGCGCGUGGCGCAGGAGCGUCAGCUGCAGCUCCUACGCGAGCUCGAGGAGGAGGACACCAACGAAAAGGCGCGCGAGGCCCGUCGUGUCAAGGAGUCGCAGAAGAAGAAGGACAAGAAGAAGGCGCAGCGCGAAGCCAAGGAGGCCGAAAAGAUGCGCAAGGACCAGGAGAAGGCCGCCGCCGAAGCCGAAGUGCGUGCAAAGCAGCAGGCGGAGCGCGAUGCCGAGCUCAAGAAGCAAGAGGAGAUCCGGUCCAAGAAGGAGGCGGAGCGCAAGGCGCGCGAGGACGAAAAGGCUCGCAAGGACGAGGAGCGCCGCCGUCGCCAGGCCGAAGAGCGCGAGCGCGAGCUCGAGCGCGAACGCAAGCGCCGCGAGAAGGACGAAAAGAUCCGUCUCGAGCGCGAGGCGCAGGAGAAGGCCAAGCGCGAUCGCGAAGAGGCCCAACGCAAGGCCAAGGAGGAUCAGCAGCGUGCGCAGCGCGAAAAGGCCGAAAGGGAGCAGAAGGCCCGCGAGGAGCAGGAGCGCAAGUUCGAGGCGGCCAAGAGGGAGAAGGAGGCGCGCGCCCAGGCGCAACGCGAAGCCAAGCAGGCUGCUGCUGCUGCUGUCGCACCGCCCAAGUCGCCACCCAGUGCUGUCAAGCCUGGCAUGGCCAAGGCGGCUCACGCUUCAGCACCUGCGACGCCCAACCGCGCCGCCAAAAACACGUCGGUUCCUGGCUCGCCCGCCGUUGCUCCUGGUCAAGCUUCGGGUCGCAACGCCCGCCCCGUUGUUGGUGCCAAGCUCGCUUCGGCGGCUCAGAGCAGCGGUGCGGCUGUUGCGGCAGCAACCGUCGGUGCCACGGCUCCUGGCGCGCCAUCGGCAAACGCGACGCCUGCUUCGACCCUGCCAGCCCCACCCCAGGGCCUGCCUCCCCGCCCUAUGACUGCUGUGCUCACGCCGUCUGGAUCCUCGCAAAGCUCUUCGGUCUCGGUCGCCGCUAAUGCUGGACUUCCGCGCCCGCCGGUCAACGCCUCGGCUGGCGGCGCAAGCGCCCCGGCUGCCUCGGUUGGCUUCGGCUCCAUCGGUCCCAACGCCUCGGUUGCUGCUUCAGUGUCUUCGGCCAAGUCGCCUAGCUCCAGCUUCUCGCCCACGCUUGCGCAGCCCUUCGCGCAGUCCCAGGACAAGCAGGGCUCCAAGCCGCUGUACGGCUCGCCGCAGCCUCCGUUGGGAGCCACGUACGCGCAGCAGCCCGGGCUCGAAGGCCUGCGUUCGCCCACGCUUCCCAAUGGCCUCGCUUCGAGCGGCAUGUUCGGUAACGACCAUGCCAGCAUCGGCACGCCUGGCCUGAGCGGCAUGACGAGCAACCUUGGUUCGCUCAACCUGAAUGCGGCACCUCAGUCGUCGGCAAGCCUGAGCAUGGGCAACCCGCUUGUGGGCAGCAAGGCGCCCAUGCCGGGUAUGGAAUCGACGUCCGGUGGGCUGCCUCACGGCGGUCUUGGCAGCAGCAUGCAGAGCCCGACGCAGACGCCCUUCUCGCCGAUGGGCGGAAGCAAUGCGGUGGACGCGAUGCGCAGCCGCACUGCGUCGUUUGCCGACUCGGACCCCAUGUCGGCGUUUGCCGGCAUGCGUCCGAGCUCGUCGCUCUCGCAGAGGGUGCCUGGCUACCGGGCGGGUGGCGCGCCCACGCCGAUCGGGCCGAUCGGACGCCCCAAGGCGAUGGACGCCAUCCACCAGCAUCCGCACGACGACCACACGGGCGCCAUCGGCAAUGGCCGCUCUUCGAGCAGCGCGAGCGGCCGACGCUGGGCUCUCAAUCGGAGGCGUCACGUGUCACAGCGGUAUGAGAGCCCGAGAGGGUUCGAGAAGAGUAAGAAUGGCGUGUAG